UCCCUGGCACCGGCAGUGUGUCAAGAUCACUUCAUCUUCAGUGGUGUGUUGGUCGUGCGCGCAAACUAUUCAGACUGGUACCAACAAUUCAAUUUUUCAAAAUUGGUGCUCCACGUGGAGAAGAGAGUUGUGGGUUGCCAGGACGACGUGACUGAUUUUAAGGGAAAAAUUUUACCACCACAAUCGAUAGAUCAUUGCUAUUCCUCACCUGUUGAGCUGAUGAGUUUAUUGCAUUAGCGAUAAUGUAAAACAAGGGGUUUGGGCCUAUUCGACAAAAGGCAUGUGAUCGCUUUUUAGGCUCAGCAGGACUUAUCUCAUACCACUUUAAACCGAAAAAUCUUCCAAUCAAACGAAACCCCGAAGAUUUUUCAAGACAAAUAAUGGGGAAAGGCGAAGUGAGGAUGUUUUAUCUGAUUGUGAUGCUGGUGAUGCCCGGCACAUUAGUGAAAAGUAACUCAGCCACUGAUUUAACCUCUCCUGUUGACGAUCAAUACCCGUGGAGUGCGCUGGCUCAGCGUAAAGGACCAACGGUUCAGGACACUCUGGAGUUGAAAUGGACGGCAACAGAUCGAAGCGAAAAAAGACCAAUCGAUAGAUUGCUACAGUCACCUUGGAAGAAGUCGCCGGAGUUGCAAGCUGAGCAUUACUCGAAAUCACCAUCUGCAGGUCAGAGAAUCGAAGACCAAGGUCCCGGUUCAAUGGAGAUCUAUCGACUAACCAAUCUCGAUGACGCAAACUUGUACGCACAACCCCUUCCUCCCUGGACCAACCCAAUCCCCCAUAAAAAACUAAUGAAAAAUAAAUCUUCGAAGGUUGUUCACGAAGAAUAUAAGAAGCUCCAUAAACCAGGAAUGAGAAAAAAAUUCUCACCCCUACGUGAGACACAAACGACUCAUAAGGAGCGGAAAGACAACGAUUCAGUGGGUGUGCCGGAACUUCAAAUUGGGUGUGAAGGCCUUGAGGCACCGAUAGAGCCAUUCAGCCGUGAGCCAAGAUCAAUUUCAGUGAAAAACGAGUCAAGUCAAGAGUACGCUCACGCUGAAUCCGAAGUACCACCUGUUCUACCAGUUCAUCCAGUGACUAUAGACUGGGAUUACAAUGAGGAUGAUCAGCCACGUCACUACGAGGAUAUGGAUGAGCUAGUAAAGUUGAAAAAUUUGGAGAUGAUUUUAAAUAAAAAAAUUAAACAUCGUGGAGAUAUGAGACCUGAGCAGGACUCAGACGUUGAAUUUGAUUUGAAAAAAAUGCCACUACGUGGUGACCUCGUUGGUGGUCGUAAGGUAAGGUCAAUAUUGGACAAGCCAGUGAGUUCUAAAGCCUCUUCGAGUACCAUGGACGGUCUCUGGGGUUUUGGUGAAAAUGAUGGUUAUAUUUCAGGGGAUGAAGAUGAAUCUGACAAUGAACGAGUACAAACAGUGGCUGAAAGAAAACGACAAGAGUAUCUGAAACUUCAACGUGAGGAGAUGGAGAAGAGAAGACGAGAGCAAUUGGUGAGACAAAGGAAUCAAGAAAAUCGGAGAAAUGAUAACCAGAUAAAUUCGGAGAUUGAGAGGAUUCACAAGGAGUAUGAGAUGAGGUUAUCGGCGGAACAGAGGGAUCAGGAGAGAAAAUUAAAGGACUACAUUGAGAGAAAUCGUCCAAUUGUUGUUGAUAAUCGGGAGGAAAGGGAUAGGAGAGUUCUUGAUGAAUUUAGGAGAACAUCGGGGGCCAAUGGUUACAAUAAUCCACCCGGAAGAGCGCACGGUCGUUCAAGAGGCCCAUCACCACCGAUUACAUAUCCUAGUUCGUCACGAGUUGAUGAUACAGCGAGAAGAUGGGAGGCCGAGCAGCGGAGACGACAGGAGGAGUAUCAACGGCGGAAGGAGGGUGAGCUCAGGAGGGAGGAGGAGGAGAGGAGGAGGCGGAUAGAGGAGCGACAACAGGCGUACAACCAAACCAGUAAUCCACGUGAGACGUUGGCGGAGCAGAGGAGGAGGAUGGAGGAGAGCAGGAGAGCGGACGAAUGGAGGCGGGAAUUAGAGAGGAGAAAAGAGAUGCAAAACCAGAGCAAUAAUAAUCCAUACAGAAGGCCGGAGGAGUGGCGAAAGGUAGAGGAGAAGAUGACAUGGGAACGGGAGAAUGGGAAUGAUGAGGAGGAGAACCGGAGGAAUCAAGCACGAUUGCGAGAGGAGGAGAGGCGUCGUCGUGUUAUGGAAGAGAAGCAAAAAAGGUGGGAUGAUGCGAGACUGAAUUCACUUCCUGUCAGUGCGAGAAUUAUACUUGUGCCGAAUUCGUCAGUCAGGUCGUCCACCUCGUCGCCGUUCGUUCAUUCUCGAGGGAAUUUCGAUGAUGAUGAUAAUGUUCAAUUUUCGGGGAUAAAUCCAAACCGGCCUGGUCUGAGCGCCGGGAGAUUUCCAGCAGCACUAACACCAAGACCACCAAGAAUUUCACCAAGUCCAUGUGUCUGGGCUGUAGUGCAAUGCUGUCCCAACAGUGAUCAACGAAGAUUGAAUAGUUGUUUUGAGUAUUUAGGAUGCCCUGGGGUUAAUUGGGAUCCCAACCCGUGCGCAAGUGCUCAUUCUGAUGCCGCAAGGGCACAAGUUGCUGAGUUCUACGAGAGUGCUAAUCAACCAUGACAAUCAACAGCUUGAGGAAAAUUCAUUACUCUUCCCUCUGUCCCUUUUUCCAUUUGACAUUUUCCUUUUUAUGUACGUCUUUUUAUCGCUUUAUAUAUAGCUAUGCACAUACUCUUGACGAAUAAACGAUGAAUUAUAGAAUAAGAAA